AUGCUGGCAGGUGUGCUCAGCCGUUGCCAUGAGAGCACUUCCUUGCCUCAAGGCCAGCAGCUGGCAAGCGGUGAGGCUGAGACAGUUACAUCCCAGUUUUGCUUGGCUGGCUGUGUCUGCAGCCCGAUUGGUUUCUUGGGCUGGAAAGAAGGAACCAAUGAACAUCUUGGAACCGGGCUGCUGAAGUAUGAAUGUGUGUUAUCAAAUAUUUACACCCCUUAAUGGGCUUUGAGCGGGGCCGUCAACUGAUUUUAAUAAUCCUUUUUAAAAUAAAUAAAUAUAUUCCGGCUUUUGAUUUGGGUUGCCAACUUUUCAAUCAGCUUCUGGCAGCUCUUGAUGCCCAGACAUUAGCAGCCGAUGGUGUUUCUUUUUCUACCCAUUGGAAAGCUUUGCUUGCUGUUUCCUGCAGACCAGGCUGUUCCACACACCCCUCUGGUCAUUUGGCAACUUUACAUUUCAUUUAUUAAAUCUAAAUAUGUUUGCAUAUAAGCUUUUUUUUUUGGACGAUAUUAGGAGCUGUGUAAUUUUCCUCACAUGUGAGAUAACUGCUAGCUCCUGCCAAGUUUACUCUUUUCCUUUUAAUCAUUUUAAAACAUGGAUGAUCCCCUACUAAAUUAGCUUGCCACAGCAGGAUGGUGGCGGCGCGUGGGGUGGGGUAAGCUUCAGAAAAGUAACAAAUACUUUCAACAUUCUGGAGGAUCAACGUUUUCAUACAACAGCUUCAGCGCUUCCAGGUUCAAUUUUUUUCUCUCAUUUCCAUUGCUGGGGAAAAGCUACAACCCACACCAUCCUCAGUAUAAACUGGUGGGGAGAAAUGAUCCCUAAAAAUGCAAUGCUAUGCGUGUCCACUCAGAAGUGAGCCCUACUGAAUCCAUCACAUCACAUGAGGCUGCAAUCCAGUGAGUCUCACUUGAACUCAGUGGGGCUUACUUCUGAGUAGACUUGCUUAGGAUUUCAUGGCAAGUUAAUCAAGCAUCAAAUUUAGCUCAGGGAGGAGGGAGCUGAGCAUAAAAACUGUCACUGGAGUAGCUAAUUCAUUCUCACAGUCUCUCUCUUUCUCCUUUGUAUGUGGAUCUCAGCUGGACAUUUUUAUACUCUCUUUGGAAGCCCAUUUCAAAGCUGCCCCCGAAACAGGAAGGACUCCCUGAGAUUUUUCUUAGCUCUCUAUAAGCUCAUGGACCUUUGGCUACCUCAUCAGUUCUUAGAUGCUACAAAGUAGGUUAAAUGAUAUAUUUUUAGACCUACUUAGAUGGGAUACUGCAAGCUUUGAUUUUCACGGGGGUCGUCGUGAGACAGAGGCGGCAGCAGAAGCACACUGCCUCCGCUAAACCAAUUCAGUCUGCAGAAAGGUACUCUAGUCUGUGUGCUUCGUUUCUUCUGUCUUUUUGGAUCAACGUGGCAACCGCUGGCCUGGUUCAGAUGUCAUGACCUCAGUCUCAUAAACCCACGCAGCUCCCUCAUCUUUCCAGAAUUUAAUUUCCCAUUACAUCCAAGCCAUAUCCCCAAUCAGAUCCUGGUUUGCAAUCGGAGGAGAAAAAACAGUUUCUGAAGUUUGAUGUAACAGGAAACUGUCGUUUAACAUACCCUGGAAGUUUUCAAUAGUGGGGCAAGCCAGAAGGACUGUGCAGGUCCAAAGCUUGUUCUUGCUCUAAUAAACUAUGGAUAGGCUAAUGUCAUUAUGUCUAAAACAAGCCAUUGCCUACUUCUCAAUCCUGAGGCUUGACUGACUGCUUCUGAUCAUGCCAACCUCCAGCCUAUUUUCCAUUAUCAUAAGUUUUGGCCUUGCUCCCCUCCCUAACCCGCCACCCUCCUGAGCUUGCCUCUUUUCCUGCAGUUCUGAAAAAACUUUCUUUCAACCUCUGGUAAAGCUGUGUUCUUGGUGCCUGGGGGUCAAGCCUAUCCACACUUGCCAUCUUUCAUCCCAACAAAGGCUAUUUGCAUUUAACAGCUGCACAACAGGCAGGAAUUCCACCAGUGCAACUACACCCCUGCCCCAAUUUGGAGAUGAAAAACCCUGGCAUGUUCAAAGUGCUGAGCCUUUGCCAGAAAAUUGCAAAUCCAGCUCAUGGGCAUAGAAAGCUGCGUUGUACCAAGACAAACCUUCUGCAUGCAAAGCAGAUGUUCUACCACUGAGCCAUGGUCUUUCCUGGGUUUUGGUCUUGACUCUUAUACACCAUUCCACUGGUUAUGAUCAGACAAAGAGGUGCCAUGCCUUCAGAUGCAGGAGCAAAGCACCCCAGAAGCCAGGAUGCUUUCUACACUCUUCCAGUCCUUAGUCUUCCUCCUGCUUCUCCGCCACAGAUAAUGCUUCCCCUCCCUUUACAGUGACUGGCUGCGCAUCUCAGCGAUUGCUGGCUGCCAACAUUCCACAGGCAGCGCAACAGAACGCCUGAGAAAUAAAUGGUGUUUUAACCUAGUCAGACUCCCUUUAAUGGAGACCGGCUGGAUAAGAGAGGGUUGCUCUCUUGGAAUGGAAUGCAAAUCAAAGCCCAUUCACCUCCAUGGCACCUGUUUCAUUCUCUGCCAGCUGACCUGGGUGGGGUUUUUUUCAUAUAUCUGGGGAGGAAGGAGGAUGCGGGUGAUAGCAAAUCAAGAAUGAAACGUCAUGUUCACUGCUAAACGGCUCCAGGCUCGGCCCAGCCUGACCCUGAAGUUUUUCCGUUAUAUCUCCAUGCGCAUCCAGGAAGCCAAUUGUUUUCCACGUGCCUCCGUGCAUUCAGCAUGAUUUGGCCCUCAAACAUUCUCUACCUCCGCAUAUAGUUACUUUCAUCAGCUGCCACCACCCUUAACUGGACGAUAUUUUCAAUUUUUAAAAAUACAGUGCUAAAAACAGUUGCAGCAGAGGAAAAACUACACCAGAGAUUAAACACCUUGGGAUAUUAAAAGGUCUUUAUGUGGUGCAGAAGGGACUUCAGCAUAGGCACCAAGUAAGAUGCUCUUGAGAAACAGCCUCAUAAGUGAGGAACCAUUACUAAAAAGGCCAUCAUGGAGGUGGCAUGGCCCUGAAUACCAAUUGCUGGGAAUUGCUGGUGGGGAAAACGUUGUUGCACUCGGACCCUGGUUGCAGGCUGCCUAUGGGCAUCUGGGUUGCCACUGUGAGAACAGGGCACCAUUUUUAUGUUCUCUUUGAAACCACCUGCCUUACUUCAGAUGGCAAGGACUCUCUGAAGUCGGCCUUACUAGGCCUUUGCUUCCCUGAUCCCCCAAUACUGCAUGAAAUGCAGGUCCCUUGCUGAAAAUAGCAGUCCUGGGUGGAGUUUCUCCUCCCUCUCUGUGAUACGCAGGACAAAUCCUGGCUGCCUGCUUCAGCCAACACUUCCCCUUUGGCUGCUUUGCCUGGCUCUUCUUUAUGGGCUUAGAGCAAAAGCCUUCUUGCCAGUCUCAUGUGAAGCCGCAGCAUGAGGGAAUGCAUGUGUUAUUUGUUUACAUCCGGUGGCCCUUGCACACCUGCACGCCCCACACCUGCUUUGGUGUGUCUGAGCCAAUGUGGCCUGAGUUAGCAUGAAAGUGGAAUUUUAUCUGUUCUAGACUUGCUGAGCCAUACCCCAAGGGCUCCUGAGGUAAUGGCCUGGACACAUGCAUGCUGCUUUAUUACAACUGCUAUUCUUUCCCUCCGGCUGAUGAGCGGCAAGCCAGCCAGCCAGCCAGCUUGCCACAUUCUCUGUGCCCAGGCCCCUGUGUACAGUAUACUUUCCCUCCAUGCUAACUUUGCUUUGCUGAAAUGUUUGCCAAGAAGAUAACUUCCAGAAAGUAUGAUUCCUAAUGUCUUGCAGGGUGUGCUAUUGUCAACCACCACCACCACAAACCCUUGGGCCUUGCAAGAAGGAGUAUUGGACAUUCAAAUUAAACUCAGUUGUGUGGUAGAGAGCUGUGUGAUUAUAGUGCACUGAAGGUAUCAAGCAGGUAGUUCUAUUGCACCAUGAGAUAUCUUAAUGGCUCUCAACUCUGGCUUGACUAGAGGCAUCACUGGGAUUGCUGAUUUCCUGCAGCCUCUUGCAGUGGGGACUGGCCCCAAUGUCUUUAGGCAUGUUCUAUGGGAUGGGAUGGUUGGGGGGGGGAGAGAGACCUCAUGCUGCAAUUCCUGCAUCAUGACUGUGUCAGUGAUCCCCCUCCAUGGCAUAGUAGAUACUGAAAAGCUGCCCUGUGCCGAUCAGCCAGGCAGAAUAAAUAAAUUUAUAGAUUCCCAUUCCUGGCAAUGAAAGGUAGGGACAGUUGGAGGAUUUUUUUGGGGGGUGGGGAGAGAAUAGCAUCAUAGAAUUGUAGAGUUAGAUGGGACCUCCAACGAUCAUCUAUUCCAACCCCUGCAAUGCAGAAAUAUGCAGCUGUCCAUAUGGAACUGAACCUGCAACCUUGGUGUUAUAGUAUCGGGGCAGCCUAUGAGGGAUACAUCUCACGGCUUGAAUCAUAGGAGCCAGCUCCUAGGGGCUGAGGUACCUUUGCCCCUCCUAAAAUAUUUGAGGGGGCCAGUCCCCCCAAAAUUGAGUGUCAUUCAAAUGGUGUGUGCGCCAUGUCUUGUGGUUGAUUAUGCAGGGCAAGGCUGCCCCCAUCUUUUAUUCAAGCUGGCACCCCUGGCUUGAAUCACAACAUUUGAUCACCAUUGCAGAAUGCAUUGCACACCAUUGGAUGAGCCUUGUGUUCUCUGGGGACAAGUUGCAGUUUGCCAAUGGCUGUUGCCAAGACAUGAGGAGAACUGCAGUAGUGGGAGCAUGUCAGCUCUGGUUCCUCUGUCAUUAUUCAUUAUACAGAGCCAGGGGUGAAGGACCUGUGCCCCUCCAGAGGUUGCUAGACUUACAGGACUCAUCAUAGGAACAAUAGUAAGCUGCUGAGUCAGACCCUGAGUCCACCUAGCUCAGUAUUUGUCUACACUGUCUGGAAGCAGAUCUCCAGGAUUUCAGAACAGUUUAUCUCCCAGUCUUACCUGGAAAAGCCAGGAAUUGAACCUGUGAUCUUCUGGUUGCAAGGCAGAUGCUCUGCCCUCUGAGCCACGGUUCUUCCCUGAUGAUUCGUCAUGCUAGCUGGGGCUGGUUGGAGUGGAGGUUCAACAACAUCUGGAGGGCCACCUGUUCACCACCCUCCCCUGAUAUGGAGGCCUCUACUUAGGCAUGCAACCACUCUCCACAGCUCUAAACCACAGCUAUUUGCUUGCUGGAAGAACCUCUUUUUCCCAGCAACUCAGUGCAGCAGUCCAAAUGCUACUAAUCAAUUAUUCCACUGCAACAAUAAAAAGCAUUCGUUGGAGCAACACCCUUAUCUGGAUCCUGCUCUACAAUAUAGCAAGUUUACUGCUGAUAGUCCCACAGCUAAAAAACAAAACAAAACAAAGAAGAACCUCACAAUCUGAAAAGGAAUUAGAAACACAUUAAAAUGGCAAAGGCAUUUGCUAGAUAAGUUUCUUGUGGGGUGGUGAUAAUGAAGAGGUGCUAGUAUUACUGUUUUCAUUCCGUUGUCUGCAGCGUGCUGCUCCUGUCCCACGUCACCAAAGAGCCAUGAGGCACCUCAGGGAGAGGGGGCUCCUUGCUUUCAUGCAGGGCUCCUUGUGCAGAUCUCAUUCCAUCCUGUUCAAGCUCAGAAUCCGCCCUCCAAGGAGGUUUGUCCCAGAACAAAUGGAAGAAAUCAUGGGACAAAGGGAAGUGCGGACGAGCCCUCACAAUGGUCCCUGACGGGAGGAACCACCACAGAACACGAAAAAGCCACUAGGUGUCGCCCCGGUGUUGAGUUUCUGCCCGAGUCACUGGUCAAAGAAGCAACUAUAUGGAGAGAGUAAGUAAAGAAAUGAGAUGGAGAUGAACAAUAAUAAAAGUGAAUGGUGAGUGGAAAUCUGAGAAAAAGGAGAGAGGGGGUCAGAAAGGGAUUUCAUAGCCAUUUCCUGCUUCAUAGGAUCAGCUUCAGGAAGUCUUUUCUCUUGUUUCCUUUAAUAGAAGUCAGCACCCCCACUUAGGGGGCACAUCUCACCUGCAGGGCAGCUGCAAAACACUGUGGUCUCCCCAAUACAGCUGCAUGCUGACAGCUGCGGUGUUUCUCUCCCUCCCUCCCUGCUCUCUUUUUUCUGUUUAACAAGGCAGUUGCUGUUGGGCAGAUGUAAGUGUUGAGCUAAAGUAGUUUUGGGAUAAUGCGUUCUGCAGAAAUCCCAGCAUGCCUUAGUUCCUUGGCACCAGGCCUCGGAGGUCAAGGGAGUAUGAAACUUAAAGGGCCUUAAGUUCUUUUAGCUCCUGUAAGACUGGAGGCCAGAGGAACCUGAGUCUCUCCAGAAAAUGCUAGGCUAAAGCUCCCCCUAACCAUUGGCUGUGUUGGCUGGGGAAUGAGGGGAGUUGGGAGUCCGGCAACUUUUGGGAGGCCACAGGUUCACCUUUCCUACUGCACAUACAGCAUUUUCAGGAAUCAGAUUCCCAAGAAUGAAAAACUGUACUGCAGCAGCUACGGCUCAAUCUGAUGCAGAGACCGACUGAUCUCAUUGGGUGUAGGGGUGAAUCCAACUCUCUGUAGAACUGGGCAGACAAAAUGUAGAAUUAUUAUUAUUUAUUCUGUGGAUGUGGAAAUAAGAAGGGGAACAUGAAAGGGAAGACUUUUUCCUCAGGAUUCCUGGCAGGCAAGGGAAAUACCUGCCAGGGUGAGAGUCUGGGAGAAGAAAGGGAAGCUCCCAGGUGAGAGCUGGGAGGGUCCACCACUUUCUGUGUGAGACAAAGGUUAAGAGCUACCUUUGAGAGAGGACUCCAUGUUUCCUUCUUCUUCUUCUUUCUCUGUUUUUGUUUUAUUUAGAUUACUGUCUUUUAUCUUAUUGUAUCAUGAAAAAGCUUUAAAAAUGGAUUACUGGCAAUUUUGAGCAAGCACGACAAAUUUCAUACACUAGUAAAAAUAAAAAUAAAAUAAAAUAAAAUGAGGUUCUCUGGGUCUGCAGUCAGUCACUGGUGGAGUUGUGCAAAGACCCCAAGAGUUGUGCUUGGCUUUAACAAUUCUACAGCACAAUAUUACUGUUCUAUAAUGUGUUGCAAGUAACAGGGCGUUGACACCGCCGGCACCAAACAAAACCAGCAGGGUAUUAUUCCGAGGAAGAGGAUCUGGAGUUGGCGCACAUACAUUGGACAGAGUAGGCUAUUGUCUGUUGUACUGGGACUGGAGCAUCAUCCAGUCAAGCAGCCCCUAGGGUAAAGCUUUUCAGCCCAAGGGCUUCUGCAUUCUUUUCCAAGGGCCAGUGGUGGUCAGAGCCAGAGGCAAAUGUUGGCUUAGUUUGUCCGCACACUCUGAGACCUCUCUCUCCCUACCAUCUAGGUAAGCAAGAGGCAUCAUCAGAGUCCAGGGAUGCAGUUGAGCUAGGCAAAAACACCCAGGCAGGCCUUGAAGCAAGGUCAGUGUGGGUGUGGCCUAGAAAGAGGGUGUGUGGCCAGAGAGCGAGGGCUGCAUUUGACUCCUGAGACUAAGGUUCCCCCCUCUGCCCUAGCACAGUGCUUCAGCCCCUAUGUCUUCGCUGACUUUGCGGAGGGAGGAAAGACACCGCAAUUGCCUACAUAUGACCAGAAGUGCCUCCCAAGUCUCUCACACAUUAGGCAGAGGAGUGCAGUCAGUGGCACAGUUAGAUAAUUCCAGCAGACGCUGGACUUUCCGGUCUUACCGGCUGGUGGCUUUAGAAAGUAACAGCCAGGGCUUGCUCCAGGUUUUUUGUGGGCCUAACCCCUUCCGUUUUUUAAUGGCCUGGUUUGGCCCCUCCCUGCCCAUUCAUUCUGCCAACUGGUUCUGGACUUCUGCAGCCUCGUCCCGCCCUGACAGCACCACCACCGAGGUCAGUCUUAAGCAGAUCAGACUCUGCAAAGAAUCAGGUGUGAAAUCUCUGCCGAAAUCAGGACAGAUACACAGGUGCCUUAGAGUGCUGUUGCCUCCCUGCAGCUGUCCUAAAGAUGGCCACCCUCCUUGUCACCAUGUCUUUGUCUCCAGAGCUAGGAUGUGACAGGGGAAGGGUGGCUCUGUUUGAGCCCCACUGCCUCGCCUGCCCUGGUAGGCCUGCUGGCUGCCUAAGGCGGAAGCAGCAGCCAAUAGUGCUUCCCCCUGUGAUGCUGAAGGGAGCUGUCUGGGUCAGGUGCAGCCCUGCGUGCUCUGCGUCACGUACAGAGAUGCUGUCUCUCCUCCAGCUAUACUGUUUCCUGCCAGCUCAUGCACAGAGGGGUUUGCUUCUUUCUUUUUCCUUCCCCCGGCGGAGAUGCUCAGGCAGACAGUCAGCUCCAUUGAGAUUAGCAAACUGGCUGAUCCUGCACCUGCGUUUGGAGGAGGAGGAGGACACUUUUGUACGUGCGCCAGCCGCUUUGAGGCAGGCGUGGGUUGGGCUAUCGGGGGUUGCGGGAGGCUUGCUUUGCAGAAGGGUGGAAACUGAGGCAUGGAAGAGCCGAAGCAGCUUGCCCCGGAGGUGACUUGUUGCAUCAAGCUCAGGGUCAGGACACACAGAGUCCUGCCCCAUGCACACAACAGAUAGGAUCCUUUCGCUUUGUGUGUGUGUGAUUGUAUUAGGGCAUCUCAAGCAAGAGGAAGAACAGGGACCCUGGAGCUUUCACCCUGGGAGGAUUAGAGUGAUGGCACCCUAAAGCUCUGGGAUUAUUCACCUGUCAGAAGAAAGAGAUAGUGCCUGUAUCUGUUGCUUCUGCAGGGGCUCUCUUAACCCCUGUGCAAAAAGAAAAGGAUUCUCGGGAGUGGGUUUUUCUUCCUUCCCCUUUGUACUUGGCGCAGGUACUUAGAAGGAAAAGGAGUGGUCAGGAUUAGGAACAAAGGAAGCCACCAAUUAUUAGUCAAUCUAUCUGUUCUCUACACUGACUGGCAGUAAACUUCCGUGUGCAUGCACACUUCUUCAGAAAGCUUAUACCAAGAACAAACUUAGUUGGUCUCUAAGGUGCUACUGGACAAUUUUUUAAUUUUUAUUUAUUUAUUUCGAUUGCCUCAGACCAACACAGCUGCCUACCUGACUGGCAGUGGUUCUUCAGGGUUUCAGGCAGAAUUGUAGACAGUCCUGUUUGGAGGUGCUGAGGUCCUUUUUGCAUGCACUUGGAUUAGCAAUGCGUUUAUUUUCAGGUGUAUACACCACCCGGACUUCCUGGAGCCAAGAAUACCCUACAGAGCACAUUUUGCCCACCCCAAUGUUGCUUACCUACAACUGCUGCAAUCCCUGCUGGAACAUGUAGUUCAGCACCUGAUAGAACAUUUCCAUCGGGUCAUUCCCUCCACCCUGCUACAAAGAGCUCCCUUGCAGCCUUGCAUCCCUAUACCGGCCAGGCUAGUGUUAUACAGCUUUGGAAAUACAGCUCAGUGUUUAGCUCCCGCAUUGUCCUUGAGCCCAGCCAUCGCCACACAACUCUGUUCCGUCAUCUGUACUCUUGAAACAAAAAUGACCUAUACUUAGUGACGAACGUGGAAAGGAAACGACAUGGUUGCUCACCUUGAACUUCAAGGAUAGUGAGGGCUAAAUAAAUCAAGAAAGCAGCCUAAUGCAUUGUUCAAUGAAACGACAGCCUCGUGAUGCAGUUGCAGGGGAUUUCCCCAAUCUUUUGCAGUGAGUCCUGUAUGUUCCAGAAACCUGAGCCAUAGACUUUUAAGCAGUGGAAGGAAAACACUUCUGUUAGAUGUCAGCCCAGGACUGGAACAAUUCUGGUCACCCAUAAAUAACCUGAGCAUCUAGGAGCCUGAUCCUUUACACAGUGCACACAACUUAGUCCAAUGGGCUUUGGACUGCCUGACUCUGCAAAGGAUCAGGCUGGGUUGGGUUUUCCCCACCUCCUGUGGCAUUUUAGGAAGCAAAAGGUUCCUCUUGAGUUAUGGAGAUUCACAAAUAAAGAAGGCUAGGGGGAAAUGGGACAUUUGAGAAGUCUGCCACAAAGGAAAAUUGGGGAAGAGAGUGUUGGGAAAGGGUAGGAAAAGAUGAUUUGGCCAUGUUCCAGAAAGGGGCACAUUUGAAGGGGGAAAGAGGUUUAAAGGGAGGCGGUAGGGCAUGAAACAUCAGGGAAUGGAGGACGGAGGUGGUGGGGGUAGGGGAGGUAAGGAGAGCCAUGUUUUCCCUGGGCUUUAGGUUUAUUAUCAUGUCCAGCUGCGCUUGCCAGAUGCCGCUUAUUGCUGCGUGCGCACACACAUGUGCCAGUGGUUAAUUAAAAUGUGGGCGUGCCAGGACCUGAGCCUGCCUAGCAACUGCCCAUACAGGACAGUUUGCCAAGGGGUUUCGCCUGCAUAUGUGGUUGCCAGGCACAUGCACAGCAAAUUCACACCAAGGAAGAACUGCUGUUUUUUAAGUUUAACGGGGCAGGUGCGUUUCAAAAGGCCUUCAAAAGAGUGAUGUGCUUUAUGGAUGAUCUUGUUUGUGGAGGGGCUCUAGGCCACUGCUGGAGGACCUGCUUUGCAGGGUAAAUGUCCCAGGAUCAGUCCCCAAAAGGGAGCAGAGAGGCUCCCUGCCUGAAACCCUGGACUGUCGGUGUUGACUGAGUUAGGCCAAUGGUCUGACUUGGAAGCUUCCUUCUUCCCCUCUAGACCCCCAUCCUCUGAGCUGCAGUUAGAGUUGGAAGAGACCACAAGGAUCAUCUGGUUCAACCCUCUGCAAAUGCAGGAAUCUUUUGCCCAAUGUGUGUCCCGAACCCACAAUCCUGAGAUGCUCCACCAACCAAGCUAUCCCAGUGAUACCAUGCCAGUGAUCUGCUCGCUGGGCUGUGUGACUCUCCAUCAUGCAUACAACUGAAAAACACACAUUUGCCACCAAGUGGUUAAACCACAGAGCCUAGGACUUGCAGAUCAGAAGGUCGGCGGUUCGAAUCCCCGCAAUGGGGUGAGCUCCCGUUGCUCUACCCCAGCUCCUGCCAACCUAGCAAUUCGAAAGCAUGUCAAAGUGCAAGUAGAUAAAUAGGUACUGCUCCGGUGGGAAGGGAAACAGCGUUUCCAUGCGCUGCUCUGGUUCUCCAGAAGCAGCUUAGUCAUGCUGGCCACAUGACCUGGAAGCUGUACGCCGGCUCCCUUGGCCAAUAAAGUGAGAUGAGCGCUGCAACCCCAGAGUCGGCCACGACUGGACCUAAUGGUCAGGGGUCCCUUUACCUUUACCUUAAGGUGUGAAGUAACCCUAAAGCAGAGGCAGUAAUUUAAGGGCAUGGCACUCUGUACCAUGCUGGUCAGGGGUCACCGGAAAUCUCUGCACAUUGUCAAUCCAAGGGGGUUAAGGAAGUGUAAAGCAGUUUGCAGGCUCAAAUGAAACCCUGGAGGGCAGGUGAGUUUGAGAUCAGCGGACACUCCUCAAUCCCAAGCCCCACAACCCUGAUGAUAGCCCAGAGAAGAAAAUCGGAGACUGUACUCAGCUGUGAAGCUCACUGGGUGGCCUUGACCCAGUCAAGGCAUCUCCGUUUAACCUACCUGAAAGGGUUGUUGGGAGGAUAAAAUGUAAGGGAAUAAAACUGUGAGCACCACCUUGGGCUCCUUGGAGGAGACAAGUCAAAGAAAAGAAAAGAAAUGAAAUAAAUUCAGCAUCCACGCCCCCUUUUGCAGUCUUCUUAGCAGCUAAAAGGUGAGACGCAAGUGGCUGCUGGCUUCUUCCUUCCCAUCCUCUCCGGAGAUGAAGCCGCGUCGCGGAGCUUCGCCUUGUCCAAAACUAGGUGGCAGUGGCUGCUCAGUUUUUAUGAAUGAAGCGGCUUCGGGCUGGGGGUGGGGAGGCGACUUGCGCGUGAGGCUGCUCCCCCCAUUCUUGCUCCGUCGCCGGCUGGAGGGGGGAGGGGUGUGUGGCGAAGGAGGGAGGCGAGGCGGCCCCUCCCCCUCGUAUUAGCAUAAGGGCGGGGGAGGUUUACAUGUCAUUCUGCACGUUGCCUUUCAGCGAUCCAGGCGCUUAACCAACCGGCCUUGGCAGCCGCCCAGCGAGUCAGCUGCUUCCGAGCGGCGAAGGAGGCUGGGCUGGGCUGAGCGCGGAGCCCCGGCGCCGGUUUUAAGGUGUCCCCGCACCCGGGCCAGCCGCGUCAUGGCACGGAGGGACCCCGGCCCAAAGAGGCCGCCGUGGGGCAAGGGUGCACCGGCAGCCCAGCCCACAGCCCAGGACGGACAUUUUUUAAUAUAAAAUUAAAAAUAGCAAAAGUACAGUAUCUCUCUCUAACGCCCCCCUCAUUUCUGUAUUUUCUCAUCACAACCUAGCAGGAUUCUGCUUCCUUCUUGUGUGAAAUCCUGCUCUUUGGGGGGUGGGGGAGAAAAGAAAAGAAGCGAAGCAGUGAUCUCUCUACAACAUCAACCUGUCAGCGUGAUGAUUGAAUAUUUUCAGCAAGGGCUGCGAAUCUGUCUUGCCAGCCUUUGACUGAUAAGCAAUUAUCACGUCCUCCUCCGCCUUUUUAGCAGCCUUGUGACAGCUGGAGAUUCAACAGGUGAAGCUUUCCCCGAGCUGCAGAAAGCUAUGAAUGUUGAAUGUCUGCCUGUUCCAUGUCUGCUAAAGAAAGAGGAGGGCUUUCUGGGGCCAAAAUGUGGCAUCCUUAUUCACCCCCACCAUAGCAGCUCUGCAGAGUGUCCAGCCCAGCAGAAGGGGGAACCUGUGACCCUCCAGAGAUUGGUGGACUGCAACUCCCAGCAGGACUGACAAUUGGCCAUGCUGGCUGGGACCGAUGGGAGUUGGAGUCCCGCAACAGCCGGCAGGCCAUAGGUUAGGCCUUCUCCCUUAUAUUGAGGGGCUUUUUAAAAAAAUAAAAAAAUGAGUGCAAUGAUCUUCACUAGGGAUGAGGAUCUCAGUUCCUCUUGUGGCUUUCAAGGAUCUGUCACUGCCUUAUGCCUGCUCUGGAUCUGACCCUUCCUUUCACGAAGCGUUUGUGUGUAGUAUCCUCUGCACAGACACAUCUUCAGAAUCACUUAACACUGAUUAAUUACCACUUAACAUAAACUAGUCAUUGUUUGGUACGUGCAGUUCAUGGGCAGUUAAAGGAUGGUUUCCCUUGCCUCUUCUUAAAUGCACCUUUAUGGAUUUAGUGCAUAUUAGUGGCUGUGUGAGUAGGGAACCACCGCAAGUUUUUAUGUAUUUUAAAAAUGCAGUUGAUAACAGAGAGCUAGAAGAAUCAGGAACUACAAUAAAAACAAAUAAGCUGCAAUAGCAGGUGAAUGACAAAAGCAAACCAAACACCUGGAGAUGUUUGCUUGGAACUUACUUUCAAGUAAAUACAUAAAACCCUAUCCCAGGCCUGGCAAUGCCUAUACUGCUUGGUCAUAUCUACCAAAUGGAAGGUGGCAGGAUCCCCAAGGACGUGUCUCUACAAGGAGCUGGUUUCAGGCACCAGACCUGUUGGCAGACCAAUUCUGUGUUGCAAAUAUGUCUGCAAACACGACAGGAAGGCUGGCAACGUUAACCCCAGUGUGUGGGAAUUGCCAUGUGGGAAUCCCUUGCAGAUGACCAUAGUACCUGGAGACAGGCAGGCAGGUUGUGUAUCUACAGCAGCGGCAAGAGGAGGAAUGACUGUUGGGAGGAGCACAGAGAGAAUAAAUGCUGUGAGAGCCAGCGUGGUGUGGUGGUUGAGAGCAGUAGACUCGCAUCCCCACUCCUCCACAUGCAGCUGCUGGGUGACCUUGGGCUAGUCACACUUCUCUGAAGUCUCUCAGCCUCAUUCACCUCACAGAAUGUGAGGGAGGAAGGGAAAGGAGAUUGUUAGCCGCUUUGAGACUCCUUCGGGAUAUCAAAUCCAAACUCGUCUUCUUCUAUGGUGUAUCUGCAACAGCACAAACGGAUGCCUUCAUCCGCCCCAGCUGCAGCAAAACAUGUCUCUCUCUUAUUGGUCUUUACAGCCACAGCAGGCGCUGUAACUCUUCAACAGUUUGACUUCGCUCCCAAAGGUGCACCCUUCCACUGUCUUUCAAGACAGGUGGAUGCCAACCACAUUGAAAGCCAAGAAAAAAGGACCCAAUCCAGGGAGAGAGUUCUAUUAUCUUGGCACCACUGUCAAGGAAGCUCUGCCAAACAUCCCAGUCAGCCAAAUCUCUGAAGGCAGAAUGACACACAGCAAGGCCUUCAGUGAUGAAUGCACUCAAUAGGUAGACUUAGAGGACAGGAGACCGUCUUGCAUGUGACCUGUUCCUAUAGCUAGAUGAUCAGUUAAUCAGGAACAAUGGAGUGAAAUAACUUACAUGCACCCUGAUUCCAGCAUUAUGAAAGAGCCUCUUCUGACAGUAGAUUUGGGCUGCCACCCAACAUGUUGAUCAUUUCAGUGAUUAUAAUCCCACCUCUCUGCAUCUGUGGGCACCAUUUAUUUAGGCACUCAGAUGUCUAGCAUAUGCAUGUGCACUGACCGAUUAACCUUUAUCUUUUUUGUGAUUAAAAAAAACUCCAAAGGCUUCUAAAACUUUAAAGGGAAUGAAGUAUGUACAUACAGCUGGCAUUUGAAAAGAAGGGAAUUUGUGGCAUCACGUAACUCCUGUUGCAGUGGACAGGAGAGAUCAGUCUUCCGACACCAAGCAUGCCUCAGUCUUGAGACUAAAGCUGCUUCCAGAUGCCUUGAUUAUUGAGCAUUCAUCCUGAUUUUUUUUGUGGGGAGGUCAGGGGAGAUUGCGUCAAGCAAAUAUUGUCCCACAAUUUCCCCAUACUGUUCCCUGUCACUUUCCUUAUUGCAAGAUGACUGGGGUUUUUUUGGGGGGGGGGGAGUGGGUUAGUAAAGUGGUACCUCAGGUUACAGAUGCCUCAGGUUACAGAUGCUUCAGGUUACAGACUCCACUAACCAAGAAAUAGUACCUCAGGUUAAGAACUUUGCUUCAGGAUGAGAACUGAAAUCACAGGGCGGUGGCGCAGCAGCAAUGGGAGGUCCCAUUAGCUAAAGUGGUACUUCAGGUUAAGAACAGUAUCAGGUUAAGAAUGGACUUCCAUAACGAAUUAAGUUCUUAACCUGAGGUACCACUGUAGUGCAAGAAGUCCAAAUCAACAUUAACUGUGCGACUUGAAUUUGUCCAUAUGUCAUUAAAUCCCACCUGAAAAGAGCAACAGUCUGAACAAGAAAUGCCCUGAUGUAACCAUUCCACCAUUAACAGAGUUUGGGGAGUGACCUUAUUUAUUGCUGCUAAUAAUUGAUCUGGAAUUUUAAACAAGUGCAAAAGUGCUUUACAAUCUGUAUUGUGUCUCUGCUCACUGUAACUGUUCCCCUUUUAUGGAUGGGGAGCUGAGGCCAAGAGAUUUGCUCACUACCACAAAACAAACUCAUGCCACAAAGUUUUCCUAGGUCCGCUCCAUCUACUCCACCAUGCUGGCUCUGGAAAGCUGAUUUUCAAAUUCUCCACUUUCGUUUGCUAUGCUCUUAGUACUAAAAUGGCCAGUUAUCACCUUUCCCAACAAGCUGUAAAUCUCCAGUCACUGGUUUCCCACUAAUUCAGUUCACAGGGCCAUGCAGGAGUAAUAAAACCUGCACAGAAGACAUCUGGCUGACUUGGCCGUUUUGCACUGGGCGUUUGGUUUUCCUUGUCUGCUGGGUGGUCCAUGGCAGGAAGAUUCUGCAGAGAACAAAGCUCCUGAAGCAGCAGCAGCAGCAGCAGCGAGCUUGUUUCUUGGUAGAACACUUUGUAGUUGAGAUGCAGCAUCCAGGCUUGUGCUGUGAUGAUGGCGGAAGAAUGCUCUUGCUAAAUAUGGUGAUUCUGUUUCAAGUGUCACUGGUAGGAGUCUUCCUGGGCUUGAAGGGCCCUAGCUCACUUGUAGAGCAUCUGCUAUCCAAGCAGAAGGCUCAAUCGCUGGCAUCCCAGGUAGGGCUGGGAAAAACACCUGUCUGACACCCUGGAGAAUCACUUCCAGCCAGUGAAGACAACACUGAGCUAUAUGGUCUGACUCAGUGGAAGGGACCUUCUUAUGUUGCUAACCCUUCUCAAGUGUGUUAGAACGAGUGAUUCAAAUACACAAUUUCUGCCCUCUGAGGCAUUUGUUUACAGGGCAGGUGAGGUAACCUAUGUUCAAACCACAUGUCCACCACACGUAGACUAUUUGUGUCUACAUCCUUGGAAGAAACCAGAGACUCUGAUGCCCCCAGAGGGAUUGCUCUCCUAUUUAUCCCUUUUUCACUUAGAGAUCAGCAGCUCCCCAUUUCCCAGCCUGGAUUAAGAGAUAUCACAACAAUCCUCCACAAUGCUUUCUGAACACCACAAAAAAGACUCCCAGAAGACAAAUCCAUGUCUGCCUCACUCCCAGGCACUCAGAAAUGUUCUUUCAUGACACAGAGACAAUGUUCCCAGAGAGCCUCUCAGACUUGCUGCGGUGCAAAACUAAUCUUUUCCCAAGUGGUGGUGAAAGCAGUCAGUUGUGGCAUGGGCAACCUCACGCUCUUCAGAAGUUCAGAGCAGAAAGGAAAUGUGUAAAAUCAACAAUUGGCAUUUUAGUUGCAAGGGCUGUUGCUGCAACCCGAAUGGCCUUCCUUUAAUCUUUUCUACAGCCCUCUAAAGAAAGUGAAAAUGGUUGUUUCCAUUUUCAAGAUUGGAAGACUGAGGCUGCAAGGGAGUGACUUUCCUGUGACCACUUGGUGAGUUGGUGGCAGAGAUGAGAUUUAAACUGGAGUUUUCCUUAUUUGCCGUUCAGUCUGUGCACUAGCUCACCUGCUUUUGCUGCCACUACAAUGAUAUUCCCACAUUGCAGCACUGUUUCCCUUAGGGGCAAAUGCCAUCUAUUAACAUCUGUAGAAAAUUUAUGUAUGAACAUAUGUAUGUAGUCAGGGACAUUCCUGUGAUGGUACUGGGACCACAGUUCUUUGUAGGAGCAGAUUCUACCAUUUCUCUUUACACUGUCUCAUGUUGCCUAUAUGGUAACAAGCAGAGGACUGUCCUUCAAGUCAACUUGUAAAUGGGCUUCUUAGGUGGGAUGGGAUACUUUUGGGCUAGGCUGGAACAUAAUUGAUACUGACCCAAUGGAAGCUUCUGUCCCUGGACAAUACGUGUGUGUGUGUGUGUGUGUGUGUGUGUGUGUGUGUGUGUGAAGCCUUCCCCUGUGUUAUGGUCCCAAUCAACACCCUGCUUCCCUGCUGCCUAUUUUGGGCAAAAGAUGUCAGGAACUAGCAGCAACAUCCACACCUAAACAGUACAGUGGUACCUCGGGUUACAUAUGCUUCAGGUUACAUACGCUUCAGGUUACAGACUCCGCUAACCCAGAAAUAGUACCUCGGGUUAAGAACUUUGCCUCAGGAUGAGAACAGAAAUCGUGCUCCAGUGGCACGGCAGCAGGAGGCCCUAUUAGCUAAAGUGGUACCUCAGGUUAAGAACAGUUUCAGGUUAAGAACGGACCUCCAGAACGAAUUAAGUACUUAACCCGAGGUACCACUGUACAUUUAAAUCACACGGCUCCCCGCAAAGAAUCUUGGGGAUUGUAGUUUAUCCCUCAGAGACCUAUGUAGUUUGGCCCAAAGUUUCCUUUUUGGAGGGAUUUUAUUUUAAUGGAGGUGCAUUCAGUGAUGUGAAGCCCUGCCUAAAGUGAGUUCUCGCCACCUCAGCGAGAACUUGUAAGUUGUUUUGGGUCACUUUCGUGAGGAAAGUGGCUAAUUCGUAACUCCUCCUCCUAAGUGCAGCUUUCAGCAGGUCUCUCCUCUCUUAUUCAUGUGUUGUUUUCAGUGUCAAUUUCUUUAAAACUUGUGCAAGUUGGAAUGACCAUCUGAUGAGACAGGCUAAAUUCACAGUCUCUCGUUACCUCGGAAAGGGCGACUUCCGUGUGCCCUCUGCCAAAAGCCUGACAGACUCAUGUGAUCUGAGUGCCUUAGGACAGAGGGAACAGGGAUGAUGUCCCAGCAGGUAGAAUUGUUGCUCAGAGCAAGAGCCAGAUGGAUAUAAGGAGCCACCUUAAGAGAGAGAGAGGGGGGGGGGAUUCCAGCAGACCAUCCAUAUGACCAAAGAGACACUCACAGCAAAAUGUUUCAUCUACCAUAUUCCAUAGCCAAGGCAACCUUAACAAAGAACAUUUCCCUGCAGACUUUUCUGUGCUGCAGCUGGGUCUGAAGAUUUUCUCCCUCCCUUCUCUCUUUUUAUAAUAAUUAUGUCAUUAUUCCACCCCCCUUUUCAUUCAGAGAAAAGAGAGGAGAGGUGAUGCCAAUGCAAAAGAAUGGGCAUUUAAACAGAACUAGAUUGAACAAGCAGUGUGUGCCCAGAACAAGAAGUCUUUUUACAUUGCAUAUGAACUUAUACAUGGCUCCAUUCAGCAUAUCCCCCCCGGUUUGAGCUCGACGCAGAGAAUCAGGCAUUCACAGCCCUGGGACUUACAUCACUGACAUUUCCACAUUUUCAUACUCAGCCUUCCCUGAGUUUUAGUUAAAAGAAUCUAAAACACAGCUGUGAAAACAUCAGCUGAUUUGUUACAGGCAAAGGAUAUUCCAUUUUUAAUUGUUUAAAAUUUGAUUAUCGUUGAAUAUUCCUAGGACACGGGUAUAUAUGAUAUGUAUGCAUGCAUGUGCAUUUUCCAGAACAAUCUGGCUUUGUUGCCACCACCUCACAGCUCGCUCGCUCUCCCUCUGAAUGAAAAAAAUGGAAAGCAAUUAUGGCAUUCUUAGGAAGCCAACCCUUCAUUGCACUGAUGGUUGUCGAAAGACGUGCACCAGAUCUGUGUCCAUCUGUAUCACCUGUGUGUGUGAUAUCUACCUGUGUGUACCCCAAAUAGCCGCUGUCCUACUCCAUAAGUUCAUAUCCCAUUAAAGAUUCUGCAAAAGCAUGAGGGACAUUACAGUGGUACCUCGGGUUACAUACGCUUCAGGUUACAGACUCCGCUAACCCAGAAAUAGUACCUUAGGUUAAGAACUUUGCUUCAGGAUGAGAACAGAAAUCGUGCUCCAGUGGCGCGGCGGCAGCAGGAGGCCCCAUUAGCUAAAGUGGUGCUUCAGGUUAAGAACAGUUUCAGGUUAAGAACGGACCUCCGGAACAAAUUAAGUACUUAACCCGAGGUACCACUGUAUUGUGAAGCCCCUAAUGCAAUUAGAUUAGAGGACAAGAUCCUUCUUAAGCAUGAAGCCAAGCGGGUGCAGUCAGAUGAAUUCACGUUGCUCCGGAUAGCAGGACUAGAACAAAUGGGAGGACACUGCAGGGAAAUGGGAUUUGGCUAAAUAUUAAGAGAACAUUCCUAACAGUAGAAACUGAGUACCUUGGGAAGUGAGGGCUCUCCUUCCCUGAAGCAUUUGAGCAGAAACUGGGCAGUCUUCUGUUAGGGAUGCUGUCGUUUCAUUCUAGAUCCUGCACUGAACAGGAGUUUGGACUAGAUGGUCUCCGGUGUACCUCCCAGAUGUGUGAUAGAAAUCAAUCUCGAGGCAAAGCACAUCAGACAAAAACAAAAAUAUGUAUGAGGAACGGAAAGGCACAACAGUGUCACAGUAUGGAGAGAAAACUUAACACCGAUCACUCCCGCUUGCAACCAAACUUCAGCCUGCCAAGGUAGCAAGCCGCAGCUCCUGGCACUGUUCUGCCUUACAUUGCAAAUCAAGAAUUGCUUUGUUGCAAAGUUCUGCUUCUUUUUCAAAGUAGCCACUUCAGGUGACAAUUCUGGGAGCCCUCUAUGUAGCAACAGAGAGCUGGAGAAAUAUUAAUUACGGUAGGCUUCUUGAAGAGGAAAAGGGAUUCUCCCACAAUUAGCAUGCGAAGUGAAUUAGCAUUCUUUCCAUUAGAAGCAAAGGGUUGUCUUAAACCAAUCUUCUUGUCCCCAUCCAUGCCAGGCAAAACCACAUUCUUUCAUCCAGGAAGCCUAAGAUUAUACAAGAUUAGGUUUUUCUUGAUCUCCCUUUCCAUACUGAUUGAAUUGUUCCCCCUCGCGCUUUCCACCAAAUCCUGUUUCAUGACAUCACAGGCGGUUCCCAUGGAAAUAAGGAUAAGGUCAUUAUUUAUUUAUUGUAGGUUAAUAAUAAUAAUAAUAAUAAUAAUAAUAAUAAUAAUGCAGCCCUUCAAUUGCAUCCCCAGUUUACAAAAAAGAAUAAAACAAUUCAUGUGUAAAUGCAAACAAAACAUAAAAUGAAAAGGCCACACAAUCACAAAAGCAGCAAAGAACAGCCAGCAAGGUUAAAAUCAUAUCUGAAAAGCUUGGGAAAUAAAAAGGCAUUUUCCUGGAACCAAAGUCUCCUCACUGAUUUCAACAGGUCUUAAAAGUGCUUACUGUUGUUGCUUAGAUUAACAACCUUUAGAUAUUACUGCUAGUGUUAAUGCUUAAGCAAAGCCCCCCCCCAUACAGUCCUUUCCUGUUAUUGUAAUCUGUAGCCUAGACUAUAUACAUGCUGUUACCAAAUACCUUGAAUGCCCCACCUGCAUUAGAUCAAUGACAGCAUCAUAGAUGGGUGAUUCUCCCAGGAUGAAUGGAGGCAACUUGUCCCAGAAGUCCCUUUGUCUAGUCUAGGGGCAAGGAACCUCAGUUCCAGGGGUGAAAUGUCUGCGUGACCCUCAGGACUUUGCCCAGGCCACACCCCUCCUCAGGCUCAAGGUUACAUAUUUGCUCCACCCACUUUUUGUUGGUGGCAAAGGAAAAAAUAGGUAUAUAGAGGAUGAAUUCCUGGAAGCUAUGAUCCAAGUUUGGGGCAAGCACCCCCACAGAACCACAAAAUAUGCAGUAAAGUGUGGAAAUAUAGGCUGUUAGAUCUUUAAAUGUGCCCUUGUGGGUUCCGAAAGCUCCUCUCUUUCCCUGGCAUAGAAAAAGAGCACACGUUUGGUAAGUUUAAAAAAUGGUUUACUUACAAACUCUCCAAAGGUCAGAUUCAUGUGCUUUUCCAUACAGCAUUCAGAAAAGUUGCACAAGCAGUAAAACUUGGUUUAGUUGCAAAGUGGUGAUAGUUCCUAAAAUUAUUGGUAUAGGAACUCAAGAACCAUUUGGUCUGAGCCUGGAGCUGAACGUCUAAAGUGAACUGGAGGGGAGCAAAAGCUUGAUCGCCUAGUCCUUUCUAAGGUGAGCUAAGCCUGGCAGCACAGCUUACUCUAUGGUCUUAACCCCAUCAUGCAUUAAUUAGACUGAAGCAGGUUGGUUAUAUGAGGCUAGCUAUCCCACACUUUUUGCCUCUGGUCCUGCCCACCCUGGCAUGUGCCCUCUUCCCCCAGGAGUUGCCUAUGAGGGAAUGCAGCUCAUGGGCAGCCCAUGUCCUUGUUCCAGCCCUUUCCUUGUCCUCCUAACUUUUAGGGGAUGUGUGUUGUCCUCUUUUUUCAAUUUCUGUGAAUGAUGAACACAAGCCCACAGGCAGAAAUAUCCCUGCCAUCUUCACCUUAAAGGGUUCAUCCAAUGCCUGUCUAUGUCCCCUCUCAUACAAUUGUGUGCUUUUGGAGAGAUUUCCAGGAUCACAUAUUUAGAACUCAGCCCCAGAGAAAGACAGAGCAGCUGCUGCAGUUUUACCACUGACAAACCUGUCUCAAUUUCUGAAGAAAAAGAAUCUCCCUUCUCAGAUACACAUUUGCAGCUCAGCAGGGUUUAACUUUUUUGUGCCAUUUCUCCCCUAAUCAACCCUCAACCUGCCCCAUGAGCACUGGCGGGGUGGUAUAACUUUGCUAUCCCAGCCUGGAAUCUUGAUUAGCGAAAGUUUAGAAGGACUGGGAAGCCUAAUUUUUAGAAGUUUUAUCUUCUAGGCCAGUGCUUUCCAAACUGCAUCCAGGAAAACUUUAUCAGGGGCUUCUUCUUAAGAAGACUGGUAAAGGUAAAGGACCCCUGACAGUUAAGUCCAGUCGCAGACGACUCUGGGGUUGUGGAGCUCAUCUCGCUUUUAAAGGCCGAGGGAGCUGGCGUUUGUCCGCAGACAGUUUUUCCGGGUCAUGUGGCCGGCAUGACUAAGCCGCUUCUGGCGCAACGGAACACUGAAACCAGAGUAAUAGCAGAUAAACUUCACUGCAAGACUGUGUGGCCAAUGCUUACCACCUUCCUCUGCAAUUUUGCUGUAACAAGAAAAUAUUGGGCAUGAUAAAUGAGGAUAUGGUCUUAUUUCACAUGGAAAUAGAUGUGAAAUGGAAAUAGAUAUAGCUGAAUAGAUAUAGCUUGAGCUCAGUGUGAACUCUUGCACAUGCCCCCAAUUUUUUAAAAAAGUGCACAGGGGUUCCUUGAUGGACAGGUCAAUAUGGAAUGGGUUCCCUGAAGGUAGGAAGUCAUAAAACUAGCCUCCAAUUUUCCAAAUCAAACUGACAGUGCAACAUAAGGCAUGACGGAACAUAGGAUGCCAGUACAGUGGUACCUCGGGUUACAGACGCUUCAGGUUACAGAUGCUUCAGGUUACAGACUCCACUAACCCAGAAACAGUACCUCGGGUUAAGAACUUUGCUUCAGGAUGAGAACAGAAAGCGUGCGACGGCGGCACGGCGGCAGCAGGAGGCCCCAUUAGCUAAAGUGGUGCUUCAGGUUAAGAACAGUUUCAGGUUAAGAACGGACCUCCGGAACGAAUUAAGUACUUAACCUGAGGUACCACUGUAAUCAUAUGGUCACACUGGUGCCCUGAAUCUCUGAGCAGUGAGAGGUUUCAGGGGUUCAGCACUACUUGGGUUUGGUUUCUUUUCAAAUAAGGUCCUUGGGGGUUUAGUGGUGUUUUGCAACAUUUUUAUUUAUUAUCAGGCUGUGCAUUGUUGGAGGUACAGUACAGCAUAAAUUAUUCCAACAGCAAGUCUCCUCUUGCCACAUCGGGUCCUCCAGGACAACAGUCAGCAUCUCCAAUAUUCUUUUUAUAGAGCCAAAACUCAGGUCCCUUAUUCUCUUCCAUAUCUGACUCAGUCUGCCUCAAAACUGCCAGCCUGUUCUCCAGAGAUACUGCUUACAGCAGGGGUCAGCAAGCCUUUUCAGCCGUGGGCUGGUCCACCGUCCCUCAGACCUUGUGGGGGGCCGGACUAUAUUUUGAAAAAUAAUAAUAAUGAACGAAUCCCUAUGCCCCACAAAUAACUCAGUGAUGCAUUUUAAAUAAAAGGACACAUUCUACUCAUGUAAAAACACGCCGAUUCCCGGACCAUCCGCAGGCUGGAUUGAGAAGGCGACUGGGCCGCAUCUGGCCCCUGGGCCUUAGGUUGCCUACCCCUGGUUUAUAGCAUCCCCAACUGGGAAGGAAAAGGCAUAACCCUUUUCAUAUAUUACCUCAGUCAUUCCUAAGGCCAGCUGUUGAGAGCCAUUGGCCUAGUAUCCAGAAUAGAGGCCUCAUAUAUUAGGCCUGGGCCUUCUCUUGUACAGCUAUGAUCUGAUGCUCUUGCAUCUUUGAGCCAGUGUGCAUCACCAGAUUUUUAUAUUUUUGCUAGAAGUAGAAACUGGCGAUUACAUUUUUUCAACAUAUAUUAGUCUUGGUUUCCUUGUGAAGAUGGAAAUACAUUGCCUUGUUCUGAGCCAUUAUCAAAAACAAUAAGAGAAUCUUAGUAUAUAUAAAAUAUACAGAGGCACAUUGUUUUUUGUCCAUCUGUAAAAAUCAUGAUUUCUCCGAAAGGCUAACUAGUCUCCUUGGCAAAAGCAUUUUCCAGUACAGCGUAAUUGCAAUAUAGAUUCUUGAAUUUUGUCAGGUCCACGAGCUGAAAAUAUUUAGCUGGGCAUUCUCCAAGCUAUUUGUAUUUCCUUGUACAUUCAAGUAAAAACCUCAUGGCUGGUGAUAUCUUAGUGUUACUAAUAUGAAAAAAAGUCUUUGCAGCAUCUUUGCUAUUAAAAAGCUAUUCUUUUGCCACAAUAAGCCAAAGCAUUUUGAACAUCAGAAACAUUCCAGGAUUUAUUUUUUUUUACUGUAAUGGAUGUUUAGUUCCUCCUUGGUUUGUUGCUUAGAAUAUGGAAUGUUGCUCUCUUUGAAGUCAGUGGACCAGCACUGAUUUGCACAUGAUAAAGAUCUGGCCCCCAAAUCUGUACCCAUCUAGGGUAACUGAGCUAGGUUAAACCAAUCUAGGAUUGUGAAUAUGAAGAUCCUACAUUUUAGAAAGCUCAUUUCUCAAAUGAUUGCACCAGAAUUUGGAUACAUGCAAAGGUGUAUCUAGGCCCCCUUAUCGCCCUUGGCAAGGAGCUGUAUUGGCGCCUCUGAAGUUGGGGGACCAGAAACUCAGAAAGCUUGCUUUUGGUUGACUUUUGCACUCCACCAGUUUCUUCCUCUGCAACCAUCAGGUUUGGGUCUGCUCUGUUCCGCCUCCCCUCUUCCUCUGCUGGUCUCCCUGCCUGCCUGGUUCAGCUCACUGCUUUCGCUUCUGCCUACUUCCUCCCUCCCUUCCACCCCCCCCCCCCACUGGAACUCUUGCCAACUCUUUCCCUCUUUCUUCCCUCCAAGCCCUGCUGGGUGCUCAGCUCACACUUUUAAUAGCAUCGCUGGCCAGCUGAGGAGGGGGCCCUGCAGGGCUGCUGCGAUAGCCCAUGCCAGCAACCAGAUUCCUCCACCGAGGUGCCCAGAUGAGCCUGCUCAGUUCGCCCGGCCACCCAAAGCACUGGAGGAGUGGCCUGGGGAGCAUACGGGCAGGUGGGUGGGUUCCUAGCCACUCUAAGCCAGAGGUGUGAUUUUUGGGCCGCCGCCCCCUGCCUGUGCCCUUGGCUGGGGCCAACUCCUAGGUAUACCUUUGGAUAUGUUACGGUUUACUAACACUAGUCUCUCCCCCGCCCCCAAAUUUUGCUAACUUUGUAUGCCCAAAGCAUGUUCCCAUCUCUGUAGCCUCCCGCACCUUAGCACUAAGGAACCAGGAAGAAGAUUAUUUGUGGCAUUUCCUUCCUUUACUUGCCUUCUUCCUCAGAUAUCAAGUCAGUGGUUCUAGGGUAGAUAGCUAUACAGAGUUUAGUGUCAGUUUUCAGGCUUUUACAGCAGUGUUUAAUCAUUCACCACAAUACAAAGAGUUGCAUUUAUUCUUGCUUUUGUCUUCACAGAUGGGGUUUUGGUCCUGGUCAUAUUGGGGGAACUCAUUGCCCCAAAGGAAUGUAA